AUGGCGGCGAGCCUUGGACACCACGUGAAGGAAGCCACCGGCUGGGCGCGUCUCUAUGCCAGCCACUAUUUUUGCAUCAGCUGUUUGGCCGUGUUGGCCCAGCUGGGCCGUCAGAUGCCCCUGGUGCUCUUCGAGGUGGGAUGUGAUGACGCCUGGAAAAGUUGGGAAGAGCGAGAGCCGAAUGCCAGCUAUGCCUCUUGGCCAGCUAUGCGAUCGGAAGAUCGGAUCGCCAGGUGUCCGAACCCAGGGUUGGUCCUGGCAUCUACGUUUCCCCCCCGGAGCCGGCCAGCUGCUUUCUUUUUUCAGAUUUGGAAGUUGGGGCGUUUGGUGUAG